GUUCUGGGGGUUUCGGAGCGCGAGUUUAUGGACCGUUUGGGCGUCUACUUUGUUGGCUUUGUGGGUCAAUAUGGAUACGAUCGGGUGCUGUCUGUACUGGGACGGCACAUGCGUGACUUUCUCAACGGCCUGGACAAUCUGCAUGAGUAUCUGAAGUUCUCAUACCCACGCAUGCGUGCGCCCAGUUUCAUAUGUGAGAACGAGACCAAACAGGGACUCACACUUCACUACAGAUCCAAGAGGCGGGGCUUUGUCUACUACACGAUGGGGCAGAUACGAGAGGUGGCGCGCUACUUCUACCACAAGGAGAUGCACAUUGAGCUGGUCCGUGAGGAGAUUCUGUUUGAUACGGUCCACGUGACCUUUCAGCUGACGUUCGAUAAUCGCGCAUUCACCCUCGCCUCCCUGGCCAUGACCCGCGAGGAGAAGCACUUGCCCAUCAGUGCGCACGUGCUCUUUGAGAUAUUUCCGUUCUGCAUCGUGUUUGGCGCUGAUAUGGUGGUGCGCAGUAUUGGCAACUCUUUGAUGGUUAUCCUGCCCGAGCUGCUAGGCAAGAAGAUUACAGCCUGGUUCGACCUCGUGCGCCCGCUAAUUGCAUUCAAAUUUCAAACUAUACUCAAUCGCACGAACAAUAUAUUCGAGCUGGUUACCGUGGAUCCAGUUACGGAGCGUUUGGAUGCCCAAAAUGAGGAUCUGCUGCUGCAUGAUGAUGGCAGCGAGCCGGAGAAGUCUCUGAGACUGAAAGGUAUAUUAGCUUAG